AACCAAACCACCGGUGCGGUGCGGCCAUGGUUGGCCUUGGCGACUCCAACACACUUGCCCAACCAUCCACACGCGCAUGGUCUGAUGGUCCUGCCCUUUCCCCUUGCUUGUAUAGUUAGUUGCCAAUUGCCAUCGCCAACUACCUCCUCUCCUCGCUCCUCCAACCAAACAAGCCACCCCCCACGAAACCCGCAAUCCCAGCCGAAGCCGGACGAUGAAGAGGGACGGAUGGCAGCACGGCGCCGUCCGGGGCAGCCGCAGCAAGGUGCUGAGGACGGCCGCCGGCGACGACAACUCCGACGCCGACGCGGUCGUGGAAACGGCGGCGGCGGCGGCGAGGAAGCCGACGAACGCGUCCCGGAGCACGGGCAAGUGCCGGCGGGCCCGGUGCGCGGGCUGCCACGCGCACCCGGUCUCCAAGGCGCGCGACAAGGCCAAGGGCGCGCGCAAGCUGCGCGCCUGCGACGUCGCGCUCAACCACCGCCUCGUGUCCUGGCGCGUCGUCGACCAGGGCCCCGGGUACAGCGGCGCGUCCGCCUCCUCCCUGCUGGCGUACCUGGCCGGUGGAAGCAGCUGGCACGAGGAGGAGGAGGACGACGACGAGGGCGGAGCGGCGCCCGACGGCCGGCUCUCUGACCUCUACGACCUCUUCGUCGGCCGCGGGCAAGAGGAGGACGGCGUGGAUGCUGUAGGAGAGAUUCAGGCAGUUGAAGAGCAGGGGCUGCUGGAUGCCAAGGAUGGCGAGGAGGAGGAGGUGGAGGACGACGGCGACGACAUGGGGUUCUGCAUGGUUGGCACCACCAUCGCGCUGGAGUUCUCCGACGGCGAGGAGGACUGGAUCGUGGUCGAGGAGAUCUGAUUCCCAUCUCGUCGUCCUCGGUUUGGCAAAUUGGGAAGGGUUCCAAUUUGCGAAUAAGACAUCCUGCCCAUCCUCUGUCGGUGCUGUGGUGUGUAUGUAUAUACUACUCCUGCUAUGUUCUGUGUGCAUAUGGUAAUCUGAUCGUGGUCAUGGAUUAUUACAUGAUUCAAAAAAAAACAUGAAUGAAUUUCUCAUCUGUGAAUGA